ACACGUGCAAGAGCUUUGUGCACCACUGAGCUGUGCUUACUUCAGAGGACUUCAGAGGACCUGUCAUCGCUCAGCUUGCUUAUUGAGAUGUCUUUAUGACAUCUUUUCGUCCCUAAUGAAGUUCAGAAUAGGUGCACUUUCGAGGCACCCAGGUGCUCGCCGUCACGGAGUCACCUCGGUACACUGCACUUCCUGAUUCAAUUAUCUGCAGAGCUUUUUCACAUGAUGACAUCAUUGCUAGCAAGUAUAUGCACCAAUCUUGCAGCGACAUUUUAGCAUCAACCGUCGGUUAUGUAGUUUGUGUCUCACCCGAAACCUUCCCUCAACGGUCAUAGCACGCGGUCGUUUCAGAUGAGAUACAUCCUCAAAGUUUCGAUGCAACAUUCAUAUAUGAAGCGACGUUCUCGAACGACUCGUUCGCGUACAUCUCGGUCUUGUUGCGGACAUGUCUGUCACUUACAACUCUGCCAUCAAAGAUACUAGCUCCAUGUUAUACGCUGUAUGGAGAUGGGCCUGUAAAUGCAGGAUGGCAGCAAUUCUUUGCUGGUUCUGGAUCAGAUGGCACUCAUGAUUCUCAAUGCGGGCAGCCCUCUAUUGGGAGUUCGCUACACACGAGCAGUGCCUCCGGUGCGAGUAUGGUUCUAAAUUUCGUCGGCACUGCGAUAUAUCUGUUCGCUUUGGACGACGUCUUAGUUGCGCAUGACGGUCUCGAGCAUCAAAAUCAUCGAGUGAAUCUGACAUUAUCUCCGGCGACUGAUCAACAACUAAGUUUUGAUCGAGCAAUUGUAUCGGAUACCACUCCAUCAGGAAUAGGCUCGCCAUAUCAAAAUACUGAUGACACUACAUUCACGUAUAGUCCAGGCUGGCAGAUUAACAACGACUUUCGAAUCCCAAUUACAGCGAGACCUGCGGCAUUCCACGAGACGUCCACUCAAGGCGCAUCCGUGUCAAUAAAUUUCACCAGCAGCGUCGGCAUAUCUGUGAAUGGUAGUAGAAGUUGUGGCCAUGGCUUGUAUACAGCUGCAUUGACCAGCGAUAAGCUUGGUUCGGGUUUACAGGAAACAUACAACGCAAGCACGCAUUGGUUCAUCAGUGACUCUCUGCUAUGUUACCGCGGUGAUCUGGAUCCCGCUGCACAGUAUCAAUUCCUGCUCUCCGAUGCGAGCGCUGCCCCAUUGGCCUUGUCAUAUGCGAAGUUUUGCAAAGUCAACAUAACUGAAAGCACCACACUUGUCUCUGCGGACCUAACCCUUGCGUCCAAACCAGAACUGGAUAUAGGGUUAACAGUCGGCCCAGUCCUAGCUGUGGUCAUUAUUGUUUUAUUCCUCCUGUUCCUCUUCUUCCGGAGAUCCCACCGACAACUCAGCGAAGACGCAGAGAGUACUUUCGGAGAUAUUUCUCCAUACAUCCUGGACGUUGUUGCAGCCAAUGUGCAUAUGAGCAGCAACACGACUCUCACAGCCAGCAUCGACACCAACACCGGCAACGGAGGCAACGGGCAUCGAAUUGAGGCAAUAACACCCGCGAGCGUGAAUGUUCCGAAUCAAACGGAUUCAUCGACAAGCAGCAAUCCAUUACCUGCUACACAGCCAAACACACAAGUUCCGAUGCCUACUCGGCCUUCCUGACUCCAUCUAGACCUAGAUCGUGUAACCGAGCUAGUAGCUCAGAGAAUCGGCAGACUCCACUGGUCUUCUCCAAGUCCCUCUACGUCGGCUCCGCUUCCAGAGUACUCUAGAGGAUGAGGCUCUGGGUUCACGAGAAUGACAGGAUAUCAGACGACGAAAGAGCGAAGUUGUCGAUGAGCGAACGGGACCACGGAGGCGAAGUGGGACGAGGCAGCAAUAAGGUAUUCGUUUGUUC